AUGGAGAUGAAGGAAGAUGUUCAAGCUGGACGUGUCUCCUGGCGCCAUGAUGUUGACAUCAGGAUCUGGAGGAGCAGCUGGAACUUUCGAAACUCCAUUUUUAUUGUUCUGCUGACAAUAGAUGACAACUCUUUUCUCCUGCAGCAGAAGUACAGGCAGAUCUGUUUCUGGGAAAAACAACCCUCAGGCUGUUCGAGGAUCAGUUGUGCCUUCCAGCACAGCAAGCCUCGAAAUAUAAAUGGACUGUUCCUGCCACCUGAUAACAAUGUGCCGUUGCAACAGGGUGGCCAAGAAAGGACUCUGCAUCCAGCACAUCUUCAAGAAUCACUCAGAAACCAAGAGAAUAUUUCCCUACCAGUUCAUGCUCCACUGAUUAUAAGGCUCAACAAUGCUGAAGAUGAACAGGACGAUGAAGAGGAUGAUGACAAAGAGAACUAUGUUUCUAAUUGGGUGCCUAAGACUGCUGCAGAAAUUGAAGAGGAAAGAACCAUAAAGGAAAUAUGCUAUAAAACUGGAGAGUAUUACAGGAUCCAGCACCCCCACAAACACCAAUCAACAGAAACUGUGUCUUCACCUCAGGAAAAGGAAAUAUUACUCUCGGAAGCUAUGGAGCGAGACUUACAGAAAGGCAAGUAA